ACGACAACAUUAAACGAAAUUAACAAAACGACAAAAAACGAAACGAAAGUUAAAGCUUGCUUAAAAAAUACACACAAAAAAACGUAGAGAGCAACGUAGUAAACGAAACUAUAUAGAAAAGUAGGGAAUAGGGUGAGAAAAGUACGAAAACAGCACGAAGUGGAGAAUAACGAAGCUAAUUCCUGGUGCGUAUAACACCAUUAGAAAGACGAUUAGCAUAGUCAAGGACGAACGCAACGGAGAAGUGCCAACGAUAAUUCAAUCAGAGAGCCCGGGAAGGAAUCAUUCUCCUGCUGCCGUUUAGAGUCCCCGCUCCUGAAGCUGAAGGCAGCGUAGCGGCGGUGAAAACGAGCUGGAAAACAAACUGACGGGGAAAAACUCCAUCAAAACACUCGGAUAAAGUGGAAAACGUGUGCGUGCGCGUGUGAAAAACUUUUGCUCUGGCCUCAAUCCCGACCCGACCAAGUCUGGUAUCUGGUGUCUGCUGCUGCUGCUUCUCCCGGGCAUCAGAGUGUUUUAAUUUGAACACUUGGCAAGUUUCCCCUUCAACUCCGACCAAUUGUCUCUUGCUAUAGUCCAUUCGGGAAAAUGGACCGUCAUCGACAUCGCCAUCGCCUCAGCAUGUGGCCCACGUUCGCCGUCUGCCUGCUGCUUUUGCAGGCGACCACAACCACGAUGGCCAUCGAUCUGAGUCGUCUCUACGGCCACAUGGCCAAUCCGAUCCAGAAGCGAAGCGAUCCCUGUCAUCCAUAUGAACCAUUCAAGUGUCCCGGCGAUGGUAAUUGCAUUUCCAUUCAAUAUUUAUGCGAUGGUGCACCCGAUUGCUCCGACGGAUACGACGAGGAUAUGCGUCUUUGUACAGCGGCCAAACGACCACCGGUGGAGGAGACGGCAUCCUUCCUGCAGAGCCUGAUUGCAUCGCAUGGACCCAACUAUCUGGAGAAGCUUUUCGGCAGCAAGGCACGUGAUGCCCUGUCACCUCUUGGCGGUGUCGACAAGGUGGCCAUCGCUUUGAGUGAAUCGCAAACGAUUGAAGACUUUGGUGCUGCCCUUCGACUAAUGAGAUCCGAUCUGGAACACUUGCGCUCUGUAUUUAUGGCCGUGGAAAAUGGGGAUCUGGGUAUGCUGAAAUCGUUGGGCAUCAAGGACUCGGAGCUGGGAGAUGUGAAAUUCUUCUUGGAGAAGCUGGUGAAUACCGGUUUCCUCGACUGAGUAGCGCCUGAUCCGGCUUCUGGAUUUUAUUAUGCCCAUGCACAGCCCAUCAAUCCUAAUUUCUAUUCGUAUUUGGGUGCCCCAUACGAUAAUUACAAUUAUUAAAUGGGAAUGCACUCAAAAAAAUACACUCAAGAAAACACUCAUUUCUAUUCAUACCACGCCAUUAGAUGUUUUCUCAAACUCUUUUUAUGCUUUUCGAUUAACUUCUUCUCUCUUAAAUCUCGAUUUUGCUUUAAAGUUAUUUUUUUACUUACCAAAACACUUUUUAUAAAAAAUAACAAAAAAUUCAAAAAUCAAGAAAACUAAAAACUAAAAAAAAAUGGCAAAAACCCACAACAAAAAAUGCACAAAAAAAUAACAAAUUCAAAGAUGUUAAAAAUAGAAAAACAUAUUCGGCUGCUCUCUCUAAAAGCUUUCUCUCAAAAUUUUCACGCUAAUUCCCUCACUUUCUCCUCGACUUUCUCUCUCAAUAUUUGUUGCAAUUUCAAUUGAAGAUCUAUACAUUUAUUUUUGAGAAAAUCAGUGCGCAAAUUUCAGUAAACAAAACAAAAAAUCCUUCAUGAGAACUAAAUAAAAUAAAGAAUAAAAUAAGGAAGCAGGAUCGUUUGGCAAAAAGAGGAAAAACUUAAUGAAAACUAUGAAAAAAAAAAAAAAAAACAUAGAGAAAACAAAAAAAACUUUUCUGAAACAUAUUUUAAUAUUAUAUAUUAAAUAUAUUGAUUUUUAUUGAUGUAUAUUUAAUAGUGUUUCAAGGCUUCUUAGAUCCGUAAAGUACACCGAUCACUUAUGGUAUUCACGAAACUAAAGUCCCUAAAUGAGAAAAAUGAAACCUCAAAGUAAAAGACCUUCAGUAAAGAACCUUCCACUAAAGAAUCUUCUAUGAACUUUUAUUCACUUUUCCUCAAUCUCAAACUAAUAUUAAAACUUAAAAAUUUCUUUAGUUGUUAGUGUUUAUAGUUUAGAAGAAAAAAGCCCUGCAGCUAAUCUACUAAACCCCCCAAGAAAAGAUAGUAUGAGAAAUACGAAUAUAUCAGAAUCAUACUUACAAUAUCUAGGUAGAUAAAUAUCCCAAAUAGUAUAUGCAAAUGUCGAGCUACUGUGCAUAGAAAAAAUAGAGGGUUUAAAGCAUAAAACCAUUACGGAAACCGUUUUGAGUUGCAUAAUUCACGAAAAAUAUGUUUAUGUGUGUCUACAAAAUAUAAUAAACAAACACUUAAGAUUAUAUAUUCCAGAAAAACUCAAAAAACUUUACUCAAAUUCUUAACAAGUAUACUUCUUAAAAAAAACAAAUAUUAAAUAAAAAAAAGCCAGACAAUUUGUAACCAAAAUGAGAUUCUAACAAACGUUUUGAGAGCCAAUUUCUGUUGAGCCAAAAACUGACCC